AUGCUCAGUGCACCACCCCUGAUUUUCGGCCCUGCGACUGCUCCCUUCUCCGUCGCUGACAUGAACUCUACCACCGCAUCUGAUCAAGCCGCCGCUGCCGUAGAGAUCGCCGCAUAUAUCUCUGAGCUAGACUUCAAUGUUAUGCAAGGCUAUUGCACGACCAGCGCCAUCGCCCUUCUUGCUAACCACUACAUCACAACACUCGACGAUGAGGUCACGCACCUUUGGGGCAAGGCUGUCGCGCAGAAGGGGAGAAUCACGCUCGCGUGGAUACUCUUCUUCGGGAACCGCUACCUGCCGCUUGUCGUCUACGCAUAUCAGGCGCCAUGGUGGCCCGAGCACCGAUAUAACGGGUACAUUCCCGAGUACUUGCAGUACGGUCUCUGGGCAGCUAUAGCCUCCCUCCGAGCAUAUGCCGUCAGCCGGAGAAAACUGCUCGCGGUGCUCGUCUUUCUUCUUGGGCUCAUCCCGAUCUUCUGUAGCAUUGAUGUCUUCGCCAAAUACGUUACACCAAAGAUCGGCCCUGUUAAUGGCUGUACGCCGGAUACGAGCCGCCUCCCAUUUGAGGUGUACGAGAUUUCGAGCGUAUUUGGGUACUCCAGUUGGUUUCUCUCCGAGGUGCUCGUAGUGGGUGUCACACUCUCCGCAACCUACCAUUACACGGCGCUGGCAGGCACAACGGGGCACGGCCGUACUCACUCUCGUGGCGCCACCGCCGUUGUCACGUCCAUGGACAUCAACACCAACAAUUCGAUAGGCAUGGAGCGCGCCUCCAGACCGGCCGACCUAGACAUACAAUUUGCCCAAGUUAGCGAUGCCGGCGAGGAUGAGGAAGCACUACACAAUGAUAUGCACGUUUAG